CGUCCGCCCCGGCAACCCAUCUUUUUUGUCGCUGAACCAUUACGAAGGUCGCUGGCUUUUCUUUCUUUUUCGUUUGACCAGACCCAAGCCGCAAAUCCAUCCAACGAUAUACUUUUUCUUCUUUUUUUUUCUUCUCUUUUCUUCGUCAACUCUCACCGAAUUACUGCCGACAUAGGCUUCUUAGUACUAGGUACUUCUCUUGAAAGCAGGUACAUCAUUCUCGACCCGAAACGCCGAAAAUAAAAUCGGGAUUUCCGCGAUCCGCGUUUCGCAUUUUCAACGACAAGCCAUUACCAAGAGGACGACUCGGCUUUAUCAAAACCAUCGCGCUCAUCCUAGAAGUGCUGCUGUUUUCUACUACACCAAGAACACUGCCUCGCUGAAUUUAUUAGCGAACGAACGAAGAUUCUCUGGCAUGUCGGUCAUCACACAGGCAACGGCCAUGUUGGCCAAGCGAGCUGAUGGAUGUCCCGAUGGAUACUACCGCUCUGGAAACUACUGUUAUCGUGGAUCUGGAUGGUACUGGUGGGGAAGGUGGGUGCUGACGGCCGUCGUCUUGAUCGGAAUCAUCGUUAUCAUCAUGCUCAUCGCGCGUACGAGCGCCCGCCGAAGGAGGGCACGCGGCAUGGCGCCAAUCUACGGCACUGGAUGGGUUGGCCCGAAGCCAGCGGCGUACCAGAACAACCAGAACAACCCGAACACCUACUACCCGCCGCCGCCUCAGUACAGUGCCAACCCCCAGCAGCCCCAGUACACGGGCACGGCUUUCAAUCCCAACGACGGCUACUACGGCGGCCAACAGUCUGGCGUUCAGCCUCCAGCCAACACCUACGUUCCCCCGCAAAACAACGCUACACCUGCCGCUGGUGGCGACAACUACGCCCCUCCUCCUGGCCCUCCCCCGGGAAAGUAAUCACAUGAAAGGACGUUGAACACGAGAGGUUGAUGAUUUGCGAUGAUAAGAUGGGGUUGCUGGUGCUGUCAAGGAGCUUCCUAUACGAUCACAGGUUGAAGGAAAGGCUAGACUGAAUUUUUCAUAUGGUCUGAUUUCUUUAUUGAUUCAGUCACAAUGCUACUACGAUAGUAAUCACGCGAAUUACCCACUUGACGACCGCUUGGUUUCAUAAAUAGAUCGAAUUUUGGUUUUCAUGUCUGUGUGCUUUUAAGUUUGGUC